AUGUGGAGUCUGUCAAGAUCCUGGGGCUGGUCAAAAGAGGACUGCAUCCUUCAUGCACUGCCACUGCAUCACAUUCAUGGCAUCGUAAACGCGCUGCACUGCGCCCAUUUCAACGGGGCACGUGUAGACUUCCUGUCGCCCUUCUCUCCUCAAAAAAUCUGGAAGCGCCUGCAGGAAGGCGACGUCACAUUGUUCAUGGGCGUUCCAACGAUGUAUGCGCAUCUUCUCUCCUGGUACGACUCGGUUUCGUCAUCCGAGCAAGCCAGCAUGCGUGAGGCCGCUUCUGGUCUGCGGCUGUUCGUGUGCGGCUCUGCUGCAUGCCCAGCGCCUGUUAUGAAGCGCUGGCAAGAUGUGACAGGCCAUCGGCUGCUGGAGAGAUAUGGAAUGACGGAGCUAGGCAUGGCGCUCUCCAACCCCCUGAAGGGAGAAAGGCGUCAGAAUUCCGUGGGUAUCCCUUUGCCUGGUGUGGAUGUGAAAAUAGUGGAAUCGCCCACCCAACAAGGGAUCACUUCCAGCGUAGAGACGCCGUUGGCUGGAAGCCAUAAACCCACACGCCCUGGGGACCCUUCUCUGCAUGUGCCAAGAGGCCCUGGCGAGUUGCGCGUCCGAGGCGAGACUUUGUUUAAGGAGUACUGGGGGAUGCCAGACGAAACCAAUGCGGCGUUCGAUGACAAUGGUUACUUCAAGACAGGGGACACGGCGGUCUUAGAAGGCGCCCCCCCUUACUACAGAAUUCUUGGUAGGACGAACGUGGACAUUAUCAAGAGUGGUGGUUACACAAUAUCGGCCCUCGAAAUAGAGAGCUGCAUAUUGGAGCACCCGGCUGUCGCUGAGUGUGCGGUUGUUGGACUUCCCGAUGAGAUUCAUGGCCAGGUGGUGGCAGCGGUUGCGGCAUGCUCGGAUGGGUCGUCGCUCAGCUUGGAUGACUUGAGAGAGUUCUGCAAGGACAUUUUGGCUGCUUACAAGAUGCCUCAGCGCCUGAGGGUAGUUAGCAGCAUACAGAGGAACGCAAUGGGGAAAGUUAACAAAAUGGACCUGGUGAAGUUGUUCCCUGACGGCGUCUAG